AUGUCGAGUGCAGCAACCGAGCGGAAAAUCAACAAAUGGAGAUUAUGGGGCGUCAACAAAUUCCUUGAGGUGAACACUGCCCUAUCACCAAAGCAGGAAAGGAACGGCGAGCCACCAACCCUUGGUCUGGUCAGAUCACUAUACCACGAAGAUGAGAAGGAAGCCACGGAACUGUUGCAGGAAGCUCGAUCUUCACUCAAAGAAAUGGACAUGACAUGGGUCAUAUUCGGAGCUUGCGAGUUUCUCAACGAAUAUCCAUUGCGAACCUCCAAGGAAAAUGGAUCUGUGCUCCUCAAGCAUAGCGACGUCUUUCGCACAUUCGGAAAGAAGGCGUCACAAGGCACCAAGCUGUACACCAAAGCUGGUGAGGCUUACUUGCGUUUUCGAAAGAUCAGAGACCUCAAUACUCUGCCAAUGCCUCUAUUUGCCAAAGAUUACCUACCCGCAGGAUGGAUGGAGUACACGUCCUACAGAUCAAGCGUUAGCCAAAGAUUAGAAUCGAAAACUGGCGCCAGCCUACCGAUGUUUGACAUCCUUAUGUUCACAAGCUUCGACCUUUUCGAGCGGGUUAACGCAGAAACCAUUGAACCAACCAAGCCUAUCCCAAUCGUUUCACGAACCCUCUUCGAACUGAUCAAACGUACGAGCUACACAGACUAUAACGCAAGCGAACAGGGCUGGAGUGACAGCAAGAAGCUGGAUGAGAUGAAGGAUGAAGAUAUGCGCUACCUAAUCGUCAGGCUGAAAGGAGGCCGCUCGCCAGCACCCGAGAAGCAAUGGAGCGAGAACCUAGAACUGGACUCAUCAAUCAUUGGCUUCCUAUCUUUCAUGAUCACAGAAGAGGAAGAAGAGAAUGUCGCCUACAUCUACGAAAUUCACAUCUCCGAGCACUUCCGCGAUUGUGGUCUGGGACGACAUCUCUUCAGCCUGGUUGAACACAUCGGUAGAGCUACUGGUAUGGACAAAACAAUGCUCACCAUCUUCACGUGUAACACGCACGCGCGAAGAUGGUACGACUCACGCGUAUACGAAGUAGAUGAGAUCAGUCCAAGGCCAAGAAAACUCAGGGGAGGAAGAUCUAUUGAACCAGAAUAUGAGAUUCUAAGCAAGCGUCUCCAGGAACACGCGAACAAGAAGACCAAGUCAUGA